AUGGAUGCUCUUGCUGGCAGCCCCCUUGGGUGGCUCUGUGUGGGUGUCACCGUGCUGUUUGGGGUGGCUGUGCUCCACUUGGCCAAGUGGAGCCCGUCGGAGCAAGCGAGGAUGCUGGUGUGGAGCCUCCUGCCCGCCUGGCUGGGGCUGCUGUGCGUGGCCGUGCUGGGUGAUGGUGGGGCUGGUGGGGGGCUGGCCAUGCUGUGCGCCGCAGCCCUCGCCGUGGCCCUCGCCUCUGCCGCGUGCCGGGGCAGCGGGGCGAUGCUGCCUGUGGGCGACAAAGCUGUGCUCGUCACAGGAAGCGACACUGGGAUUGGGCAUGCGCUGGCUAAAUACCUGGAUAACUUAGGGUUUGUAGUGUUUGCUGGGGUUUUGAAUAAGGAUGGACCUGGAGCUGAGGAACUGAGACGGACCUGUUCUCAGAGACUCUCUCUUCUGCAGCUGGAUAUAACAAAUCCUACCCAAGUCAAGGAAGCCUAUCUAAAAGUCUCGGACAAGGUGCAAAAUACAGGGCUCUGGGGAGUUGUGAACAAUGCGGGCGUCCUGGGCUUCCCUGCUGAUGGCGAGCUGCUCCCCAUGAGCAUGUACAGGCAAUGCAUGGAGGUGAACUUCUUCGGGGCUGUAGAGGUGUCCAAGACCUUCUUACCGUUACUUCGGAAAUCCCAGGGGAGGCUGGUUAACAUGUCCAGCAUGGCAGGAGGCAUUCCACUACGGAGGUAUGCUGCAUACGGUGCAUCAAAAGCAGCCCUGUCCAUGUUUUCUGGAGUAAUGAGGCAAGAGCUUUCUGAUUGGGGAAUUAAAGUUGCUGCAAUUCAUCCGUCAGGCUUCCGAACAGGUAUACUAGGCACACCUGAGCUGUGGGAUAAGCAAGAAAAGGAGCUGAUGGAGAACCUCCCAGCAGACACAAGACGAGACUAUGGUGAGGACUACCUGCUGGGGCUGAAGAGCUACCUCCUGCACGUGGCCGCGUACUGCGACGCUGACCUCUCCCCCGUGCUGAGCGCUAUCCUGCACGCUUUGCUGGCCAAGAGACCACACGGCUUGUACAACCCUGGCAAAGGGGCUUAUGUGGCCCUCUGCGCCUUCUGCUACUUGCCUCUCUGGUUCUAUGACUUUUUCGUUAGUAAAAAGCCGAGUACUGAGUCUGUCCCAAGGGCUCUGAGAACAUCAGGAGCUGAGAGCAAGAAUCUUUGA